GCCGGGGCCAUGAAUGGCUUCAGCACGGAGGAGGACAGCCGGGAAGGGCCGCCUGCCCUGGCCCCGGCCCCAGUGCCCGCCGCUGCGCCCGUGCCCGCCCCCAGCUAAGGCCAGAGCUGCUGCCUGAUCGAGGACGGGGAGCGUUGUGUCCGGCCUGCCGGCAACAGCUCCUUCAGCAAGAGGAUCCAAAAGAGCAUCUCACAGAAGAAACUCCGACUGGACAUCGACAAGAGCGUAAGACAUCUGUAUAUCUGUGAUUUUCACAAAAAUUUCAUCCAGAGUGUACGAAAUAAAAGGAAGAGAAAGACCAGUGAUGAUGGCGGAGAUUCUCCUGAGCACGAAACAGACAUCCCUGAGGUUGAUUUGUACCAGCUGCAGGUGAAUACAUUGAGGUGCUACAAAAGGCAUUACAAGUUACAGACCAGACCAGGAUUCAACAAGGCACAGCUAGCAGAAACUGUCAGUUGUCACUUCCAGAACAUCCCAGUGAACGAGAAAGAGACCCUUGCUUAUUCCAUCUAUAUGGUGAAGAGUAACAAGAGUAGACUGGACCAGAAAGCAGAGAGUAACAAGCAGCUGGAAUGAUGAAGAGUCAAACUGUAAAGGAAUUAAGUACAAUACUUAAUGGACUCGUGAUACCUGGUACAUUUGUACCUAGGAAGACUGUUAAAUUCUACUGUGCAUUUAAGGAAAAAAGUAUGAAUGAUGGAAGAACGCAAUUUUCAGUUCAGUUCAACGAAGAUUCAUUAAGCGCCUACUAUAUAUGUAAGGCCCUUUGUGGCCAGGAGUAGUGUAUUCUAUUGCUUCAAUAUGUAUAUAGAAAGACUUUCCUUUAAGACUGGAUUGAGAAGUAGAGUCAAGCGCUCUUACAUGACUGUGGCAGGCCAUGAUGCAGCAGAUUACAGCAUUAAAUCAUUUCUUCUGGAAAUGUGGGACCUACUAGGUUAUAAAUCAAACAGUUCAGUAACUGCCCCAGAGCCAGAUGGCCAUCGUAUUGGGACCCAGCCGUAGAUACCAGGGAAGCAGCAGUAAAAGAUUAAGGUGCAUGGGGAUGUAUGUACCAUCAUGUAAUCUGCCCAGGACCCAGAAGUCCCUCAUUUCUCACCAGCUUUGCAAUUCACUGGAGUCAGCCAACACAUCCUUCUGAAUCCAUUUGAAAUCUGUUUCCACACCACCAACACAGUGCUUUGCCUGGAGUAGGCACUCAGAUAAAAGAUCUGUCAGUUCAUUGAGCACCAAAAAUACCAAAUGUGAACAGCUGCCACAGAUCUCUUCUGUUGGGUUGGUGUGAAAGCUUAGUGUCAUGCUUAAGGUAGGAGUUGUACUAGAUGACCACCCCAGGUCCUUUUCUAACUCUAAGAUUCUGUGACCUUAUUUUGGAGAGAGUGAAAGGAAUACAAGUAUUUGGUGUGUAUGUAUGUGUGUUGGGGGGAGGGAGGGUGUUGGGAUGAUUCAAGCCAAAUUAGGAUUUCAGGACAGUUAUAUUUGUUGAGCAAUGUUGCAUUUCUAGAAAUAGUGACAUGAAAACCUUUACUGGUAUCUUCAAUAUA